UGUCGGCGACACGAAACCUGCGUGAUUCACGGCUAUUGACUUACAGGAAGUGGACAUACUCGAUGAGGACGGGGACCUUCGGAGUCGACUUAUCCGUUGCUAGGGCGCGAAGGUCAGCUGGGAAGGGUAAUGCAUGCAAUAGACCGCUGUCUUGCACGAUCCGCUCUCCAGAAUUAGCGCAGGCGAGAUUUGGCUGGGUCCGAAAUUUACGGCGAUGUGAAUACCUAAAGAGAGGUCUCUAUUCUUCCUCGCCGCACGGACAUAUUCCUGUAUAUAUCCUAUGACCUCGACGGUCGUGCACGUUCCCGCCGCCAUCGUACUGCUCUCAUCAUGGCCCGCUCGAAGUUUGUCUGGCGGUGCUCUCAGCCAGGAUGUCCCAACCCCAACUACCCAAAGCGCUUCAAGCCAUCGAACUGCCGGUCGGCCAAGGGCCCUGCGGCGAUAAAAUGCAUGAGGCAUGGUUACAAGUACCAUUACAAGAAGGUCACCGUACCCUGGAAAGGCGGCACGCGCACCCUCCUGCGCAACAGCAACGGAUACUUCGACUGCCCAUGCGGCGCAAAGCCGCACGCCCGGCGGCACAGCCAGCACAUGCGUGCACUCUGCGAGCGCAACCCACACCCUCACCCGAACGAUGUCGGCAUCAGUCGUGACACCGAUACUGAGGACGACCAAAGCGACAGCGACGACGACAGCGAAGACGGCUUUGGGGGAUUGGACGACAACAACGCGUCAGGCAAUGGCAUCAUUGAGAUAUCCAGCAGCCCCGUGCGCGCAUCGCGUCGCACAAGGCGUUCUGCGCGCUCAGUCUCUUCCACAUCCACGCGCGUUGACGCCUCUGCCGGACCUUCAGGCUCCGCGUUGACGAAGACGGGCCACGCGCAGGGUUCACGCUCGACGUCCACGGUUACCAUACAAAAGCGCAAGCGCUCUCCAGCGCGUGGUAUACCCGAAGACACCUCGGACACCGACGAGGACGAUCCUGAGAUCAUUGCGUUGGAGGCAGAGCUGGAGGAGCGACGUGAGGCACGCCGAAGGCGCCUUCGCCGCAAACUCGCCCGCUACGACAAGACGGGUCGCAAGCACUGAGUCCGACUCUGGCGCUGAUUUUGUGCAAUCUUGCUACUAUCUUGGUAUUCUUGUCCGUCCCCAAGGUCUAGGUUCGACCUUCGUUGUAAUUCUAUUCUUCCUCCCCCUGUCGUACUUAGCCAUGUUGAUUUUUACUGGGUUUCUCCGAUCCCAGGCAAGAACAUGCGCUGCCCCCAAAGUUUGAGCUCCCGC